AUGCAGAUCAGCGGGCGGAGGAGCAAGGAGGAGGAGGAGGAGGAGGAGAAGAACGAAACAUGGCACCGCGUGGAGAGGACCAGCGGCGGGUUCCUGAGACGGUUCCGGCUCCCCGAGAAUGCCAAGGCGGAUUUGGUGAGGGAGUCCAUGGAGAACGGCGUUCUGAUCGUCACCGUCCCCAAGGAGCAGGUGAAGAAGCCGAAGAUCAAGACCAUCGAGAUCUCCGGCGGGGUCAGCGGUCCGACUUCACGCACUCGGUCCCACUGGUCGACUAAUCUUCUCCGCUCUCUCUACCCCGACGCCUUGUGUACAAAGAAGCAAGCCAUCUAA